AUGGACUCCCCGGGACGCCAGCCCGGCAUCAGCCUGGCCGACCUGAUACGCACAUCACAGCUUCUAACCGACCGAUACAGCACCGUGGCUAAUAGUCUCAAUACGGCACCGGUGACGCUGGCUGAUCUAGCCAAGGAGUGUCAUGCUGUCACGGAUGCUCUACGGCGAUUCAAGUAUCUCCGCGAAACGAUACCCGAAACCCUCGUUUUUGACCCGGUCUUACUCGAUCAAUCCUGCCAGGAUGCCUUAGACUCGAUUUCUACAGAAUUGUCGUCUCUCGACUUCUACAGUACGCGAAUACGCCCAGCGACGAGCGAUAGUGCCGUCGACAUGUCCUCGGGCCAGAUUACCAUCAUUUGGAACGAAGACUCUCUCAGGCAAAUUCAACGCCAACUCAAGACCAACCGUCAAUCUCUUACAUUUCUCCUUAAUUGUGUUCCAAGCGAACAUGUGACAUCCAAAAACCACUCUACCUUCAUGCACUCAUCCCGCCUAGUGUCAUGGGAUUGUGCGAUCAGCCCGGCAGUACUUAAUAAAGGCAGUCGACUGCGCCUAUCAACCAUUGGCCCACGACCAAGGCCAGAAACAGACAUUGCACCCGUUAACGAUUCCUUCGAAGUUCGUUCGGCUUUAAAGAGACUCAGACCGCCGCCAGGCAUAUUAUACAAGCAAAGCAUGCGAACAACAAAGGACUUACACGAUGCCAUCGAUCGGGGAGACGAGGCUGCCGUGGUGAAGCUCCUCUUGCAGCGCAUUGACCCGAAUGCACCUCGUUUCGGCUCAAAACUCUGCCCUCUUCGCCGAGCCCUCAAUCGCCAGAUUCCAUCUCUAGUGACUUUCCUAGCUAUUGCUGGAGCUGAUCUUGAGAGUCGAGGAGACGAGGGCGACACGAUCCUAAUCACGACGAUCAAGUACGGAUACUCCGAUAAGGUCGUCUCGCUACUGUGCGAACUUGAUGCAGAUGUCAAUGCCGUCGAUACACUGGGGUGUUCGGCAGUACACUACGCCGCCAUGUCGGCCAAAGAUGACGACACCUUGGAAGUGCUCAUACGUGCCGGGGGUGAAGUUGACCGGAGAGGUUUGGGAACGCGGACGCCUCUGAUAGCAGCCGUACAGAAUUACCGCUUCAAUGCUAUCGAAAAGUUGCUCGAAUACGGUGCGGAUUUGGAAACCCGAUUGCAAAACGGCAGAACGGCACUCCAUGUCGCCAUAUCCAUGAGAAGCAGCCCCAUGACGGAGUUCCUAUCAGAUCAGGGCGCCUACCUCGACCGACGAGUCAACGAGCAUACCGCCCUCACGUACGCAAUAGCCACAGCUUGUCCGGAUAUCGCCGAGGUGCUGAUCGGGGCCGGGGCCGACAUCAACUUGCCGAGCUCGAAGGGCAACUUUCCCUUGCUUGCGGCUGCCUCGGCCGGGGACUUACGUACCAUGAAGCUUCUCCUAGCUCGGGGUGCCAACUUUGAUGCUGCUGGCAGCGAGGGAUACUUGCCCAUUCACAUGGCAGCCCAUAAGAACCGAGUUGAGGUGCUGCAACUUCUUUUCAAGGCCGGAUCGCAGAUUGAUCCGACGACAGAACAUGGAGAGACUCCUCUCACAAUUGCAAUGCACCUGGGAUGCUUUGAGGCUGCCCAAUAUCUCAUUGAGGUCGGUGCUGACGUAGAUCACUCUGCCCCCGGGGCAGAGAGGAUCAUAUGCCAGGCGCUCAAAGCCGGCAAUACGCGGAUUGCGAUGGCCCUCAUCCGAGGUGGUGCAGACCUUACGACGCCCUUGUUGCGAAACUCUAGCAUAACGCCGCUACAUCUUGCAGCCCACUACGGACAGAAUGAUGUGCUCGCGACAAUGAUCAACACGGGCGUCGACCUUGACACUAGAACCUGGCCAGGAUUCACCCCCCUUUUCUCUGCCGUGAAGGCGGGACACCUUGCCACUGUGCGACUCCUCAUCAGCGCCGGAGCGUAUCUCAGAGCUCGGUCAAUGUCAGGGGCAAACCUGAUGUUCUACGGCACAGCGCAUCCCGCGAUGAUAAAGCUUCUGAUGGACCUUGCACUAGAUGUUCGCGAACGCGAUCACCAUGGCGCAACGCCGCUGCAUUAUGCGGCCGUCAAGGGUCAGUACGCGACAGUGAAGCUGUUGCUACAACACGGUGCGAGGUUAGUUCAUGCCAGCGCCGUCUUCGAGUCUCUCCAAGACUAUAAAAUGAAAGCGAAGUAUCGCCAGGGCACUGCUGCCGGUCUCGCCAGGCAGAAAGGUCACCUGAAAAUUGCCCGACUCAUUGAGGGAUGGAAAUUCAAGACUUGA